AAAAUAAAUAAAUACAAUACAAAAUAAAAAAAACCCAUAAAUACAGCCCAAAGUUCAUCUUUACCGCCACGGCAAAGAUCCGAGGAGCUGAGAGCUCCAAUCGUCCAGAAACUACUACCGAACAAUCAUCUAUCGGCUUCUUCGUUUUCUCUCCUUUCUGAUUACAUGAUAUAAUCGUCAGUUAGAAUAUCCAAAAUUUCCAUAUCGCCAGCCAGGUAGAGAGCUUUGAGGCGUGCAUGGUCGCUGCUUCUUGAAUCAUCUCUUCCAACCCAAGAGAAAUUUUGGGUGAACUAGUCAAUUCGGAAUUGCCAACAUAAGCCUCCACAAAAUUGUAGGAGUGAUUGGCUGUGACACAUAUGGAAGCACAAGUUAGUUUGAGGGAUACCUCUGUUGUUGUUGCUAUACUUGAUACUGGUGAAGUAUAUAUAGUUGUCAGCUUGUCCACAAGGAGUGACACCCAGGUGAUUUAUAUUGAUCCCACAACUGGAUUACUUUGUUACAAUGGGAAGAUAGGAGUUGAUAUUUUCAGUUCUGAAGAUGAAGCUUUGAACUGCAUUACAAAUGGAUCAAAGUGGCUUUGUAAGAGUAAAAUUUAUGCUAGAGCAAUACUGGGUUAUUCGUCCCUAGGGAGCUUUGGGUUACUUUUAGUUGCAACAAAAUUGACUGCCAGCAUACCAAAUUUUCCUGGUGGAGGAUGUGUAUAUACUGUGACUGAGAGCCAAUGGAUCAAGAUUCCACUUCAAAAUCCUCAACCCCAGGGUAAAGGGGAACUAAAGAACAUCCAAGAAUUGGCUGAGCUUGAGAUUGAUGGGAAGCACUAUUUCUGUGAAACAAGGGAUAUAACUCGACCUUUUCCAAGCCGCAUGCCAUUGCAGAAGCCAGAUGAUGAAUUUGUUUGGAACGGAUGGUUUUCAAUGCCUUUCAAAGAAAUUGGGCUGGCACAACACUGUGUAGUUCUUUUGCAGGGGUUCGCAGAAUGUCGAGUAUUUGGAAGCUCAGGUCAGCAAGAAGGAAUGGUUGCUCUCAUAGCUCGCCGCAGCAGACUGCAUCCUGGUACUCGAUACUUGGCUAGAGGGUUGAAUUCAUGUUUUGGCACAGGAAAUGAAGUAGAGUGUGAGCAAGUUGUGUGGGUUCCUAGGAAGACUGGUCAAAGUAUUCCUUUCAAUGUGUAUAUUUGGCGACGAGGCACCAUACCAAUAUGGUGGGGUGCAGAGCUGAAGAUCACUGCUGCAGAGGCAGAAAUUUAUGUUUCAGAUAAUCCUUAUAAGGGAAGUUUGCAAUACUACCAGCGAUUAAGUAAGAGAUAUGGUGGUUGUAAUUCAGAUGCAACUCCUGGAGUUAAUCAGAAGAAGAGUUCUUUGGUUCCUAUUUUAUGUGUCAACUUACUUAGAAAUGGUGAAGGGAAGUCUGAAUCCAUCUUAGUACAGCAUUUUGAAGAAUCCUUAAAUCAUGUCAGAUCAACUGGGAAACUUCCAUAUACUCGGAUUCAUUUAAUAAAUUAUGAUUGGCAUGCAAGCGUAAAACUGAAAGGUGAACAGCAAACAAUUGAAGGGCUCUGGAAACUCCUGAAACAACCUACGAUAACUGUAGGCAUUUGUGAAGGUGAUUACCUGCAUUCAUGUCAGCAACUCAAAGACUGUCAAGGAGAACUUGUCUACAAUGAAGAUUUUGAGGGUGUUUUUUGCUUAAGAUCACACCAAAAUGGGGUGAUACGUUUUAACUGUGCAGAUUCUUUGGAUAGAACAAAUGCUGCUAGUUAUUUUGGGUCACUUCAAGUUUUUGUAGAGCAAUGUAGACGGCUAGGGCUAUUACUUGACACUGAUGUCAUGUUUGGUUUUCCAUCGGUAUAUAAUUAUGGUGGAUAUAAUGCUCCAUUGCCACCGGGCUGGGAAAAACGUUCUGAUGCAGUGACAGGAAAAACAUAUUACAUUGAUCACAACACUAGGACCACAACCUGGGUGCAUCCAUGUCCGGAUAAACCUUGGAAGAGAUUUGACAUGACUUUUGAAGAGUUCAAGAGAUCAACAAUAUUAUCACCAAUUUCUCAGCUUGCUGACCUUUUUCUGCUUGCUGGUGAUAUUCAUGCAACACUAUAUACUGGUUCUAAAGCUAUGCAUAGCCAAAUUCUCAGUAUCUUUACUGAUGAACCUGGCAAGUUUAAACAGUUCUCUGCUGCACAGAAUAUGAAGAUCACCCUGCAGAGAAGGUACAAUAAUGUGCUUGUGGAUAGCUCCCGACAGAAGCAAUUGGAAAUGUUUCUUGGAAUGAGACUCUUCAAACAUCUCCCUUCGGUUUCACUUCAUCCUUUGAGAGUUUUAUCCCGAUCAUCUGCUUGCUUUCUGAAACCAGUGGUGAAUAUAUGCCCAAGUUCCAAUGGUGAAGCUGAUCUUCUGAGUUUUAAGAGAAAAGACCUAAUAUGGAUUUGUCCCCAGGCUGCAGAUGUUGUUGAACUUUUCAUUUACCUCAGUGAGCCUUGCCAUGUUUGUCAGCUUCUUCUCACAAUUUCACAUGGUGCAGAUGAUACAACUUUUCCAGCAACUGUUGAUGUCAGAACAGGACGCAACCUAGAUGGGCUUAAACUUGUUCUCGAGGGAGCUUCUAUACCACAAUGUUCAAAUGGGACAAACCUUAUAAUACCUUUAGCAGGUGCAGUUAGUUCAGAGGAUAUGGCUGUGACUGGAGCAGGUGCACGACUUAAUGCUCAAGAUUCAUCUAGUCUUCUAUCAUUGUACGAUUUUGAGGAACUAGAGGGAGAAAUAGACUUCCUUACUCGAAUUAUUGCUCUUACAUUCUAUCCUGCUGUUCCUGGCAAAACCCCUAUAACUCUUGGUGAGAUAGAGGUACUUGGAGUUUCUCUUCCUUGGAAGGGUAUACUUUCAACGGAAGGGCAUGGUGAAAAAUUCUGCAAGCUCCUUGACAAGUUUCAGGAGACCAAUAACAAAUCCCAGGAGACCAAUCCUUUUCUUUGUGGUUCUGAUACCAACCCAUUUGUUGGUGCAUCAUUAGCCAAUGGAAAUGUUCCAUCAACACAACCAAAUGCCACCUCUGGCAUCUGGGUGGACCUCUUGACUGGUGAUGCCAUGCUUCCCGAUUCCAUUGCUCAACCACAGACAAAAAAUGUUAGUUCUGUGGGGGGUGAGUUGCUUGAUUUCUUAGAUGAUGCUGUUACUAAAUACCAUGGUCCAGAAGCAGAUUCUAAAUUCUCUUCACCAAAAGAUGAAGGAGGUCCAGAUGACAGUGCCACCCAACAUUACAUAAAUUGCUUGAAAGCCCUGACUGGUCUGAAUAUGGAAAGGAAGCUAGACUUCAUGGAAGCCAUGCAACUUGAAAUUGAACGCUUGCGUUCAAAUAUUUCUGCUGCUGACAGGGAUAGAGUUUUAUUAUCAGUUGGCAUUGAUCCUGCUACCAUAAAUCCAAAUGGAUUACUUGAUGAUUCUUACAUGUCCCGAUUAUGCAGAGUUGCAAACAACCUUGCACUGCUGGGGCAGGCUGCACUAGAGGACAAAGUUACUGCUGCAAUUGGUCUUGAGACUCUUGAUGAUAAUCCUAUAGAUUUCUGGAAUAUUACUAGAAUUGGAGAAACUUGUUCUGGUGCAAUUUGUGAGGUUCGCGCUGUAACCCAUCCUGCUGCAUAUGCGCCUUCUAUGGUUUCCCAUGGAGGAGUAUUGCCAUCCACUUUGUUAUGUUCUCAAUGUGAAAGAAAGGUGUGUAAAGUGUGCUGUGCUGGAAGAGGAGCUCUCCUGCUUUCAAGCUACAACUCAAGGGAAGUAUCAGGCUUUAAUGGCUUGUCAAAUAGGAGUGGGUCUAGCCAUGGUAGCCAAACAGAUGGUGUCUCCACAAACCGUUCUACCAUACUGGAUGGAGUUAUCUGUAAAUCAUGCUGCAGUGACAUUGUGCUUGAUGCAUUGAUCUUGGAUUAUGUCAGGGUCUUGGUUAGCUCAUGGAGAAGUGCUCGUGCAGAUAGUGCAGCAUAUAAAGCUAUGAAUGAGGUGAUGGGGCUUACCUCAAUGGAUCAUCUUAUUGAAAGAAACAGAAUGUCUGAUGGUCAACAAGCUGUUGAUAUCAUAAAGAAACUACUUAACGGAGAGGAAUCACUUGCUGAAUUUCCAUCUGCCAGCCUUUUGCAUUCGAUUGAAACGGCAGUAGGCUCAGUGCCAUCCUUGUCAUUGCUAGCUCCACUUGAUUCUGGACCACAGCAUGCAUAUUGGAGAGCUCCUGCCAAUACUUCGUCUGUUGAAUUUGCCAUUGUUCUUGGCAGUCUUUCUGAUGUCUCUGGGGUGAUCUUACUUGUUAGUCAAUGUGGCUAUUCAACAACAGACUCGCCUACUGUACAAAUAUGGGCCAGCAAUAAGAUAAAUAAGGAAGAAAGGUCAUGCGUAGGAAAAUGGGACAUCCAAUCCCUGAUCUCAUCUUCCUCUGAAAUUUAUGGGCCAGAAAGAUCAGGUAGAGAUGGUAAUAUUCCAAGGCAUGUGAAAUUCACCUUCAAGAAUUCAAUAAGAUGCCGUAUCAUUUGGAUAUCUCUAUGUCUUAGGCGGCCUGGUUCAAGUUCUGUUAAUUUAGAAAAAGGGUUUGAUCUUCUUUCUCUAGAUGAAAACCCUUUUGCAUUUAGCCAUCGUGCCUCUUUUGGAGGUAGUACAGUUGAAAGCAAUCCAUGUCUUCAUGCCAAAAGGCUUUUAGUAGUUGGAAGUCCUGUAAGGAAAGAUCUGGGGCUUGCAUCACAAGGGUUUGACAAGAUAAAUUUGAAAUCCUGGUUGGAGAGAGCUCCACAAUUGAGUCGAUUUAAGGUUCCAAUUGAGGCUGAAAGAUUGUUUGGCAAUGAUUUAGUCUUGGACCAGUAUUUAUCACCUGCAUCACCUCCACUGGCUGGAUUUCGUCUUGAUGCUUUCAAUGUGAUAAAGCCUCGUAUUACCCAUUCACCUUCUUUGGAUGUGAGUGCCUGGGAUACCUCCUUAACCUGUUUAGAAGACAGGUGUAUCUCUCCAGCAGUCUUGUUUAUUCAAGUAUCUGCUCUCCAGGAACCUAACAAUUUAGUUACUGUUGGAGAAUACCGGUUGCCAGAAGCUCGAGCUGGGACAGCUAUGUAUUUCGAUUUCCCAAGACAGAUACAGGCGCGUAGAAUCACCUUCAAACUUCUUGGAGAUGUUUCUGCUUUUGUAGAUGAUUUAGCAGAGCAAGAUGACUCGGAUUUCCGAGGUCUACCAUUAGCAACAGGAUUGUCUUUGUCAAAUAGGAUCAAGUUAUAUUCUUACGAUCUUGGGAAGUUUGCCAGCCUUUCUGCUGUUUGAAUAUCAUUUUUCAUUGUAUGUUGUAACUUGUGACAUAUGAAGAGGAUUCUGGGCAUGGAGAUGGCUGGUCGUUUUAUGAUUAAAUUUUAUUGUAAGAUGAGCUUUGUGACAAUUUUUAUGUAUAUUUAUUGUUGUUGUUUACGGGAAAGAUUGAAUAUUGAUUCCUCUUGCUAGCGGACUGACCUUGUCAGGUGGUUUGUUUUC